UUUAUUCCUGGGUAUUUACUCUUUUUGAUGCAAUUGAAAAUUGGAUCGUUUCCUUAAUUUCUCGUUCUGACAGUUUGUUCCGACCAUUUUUUGCACAUUGGCUUUGUAUCCUUUACUGUGACCUGACUGGCCACGGGGCUCCCCUCCUGGAGCUGUGUCUGGCCUGGCCUGACUCACCGUCUCCUGUGCUUGCCCAGGAACAGGCCGGGCUCUUGCCAUGGGGCACUGCCGCCUCUGCCACGGGAAGUUCUCUGCACGGAGCCUCCGCAGCAUCUCCGCCCGGGCACCUGGGCAGAUCGCAGAGAGACCACCCCCAGGGGAGCGCGUGUUCGUCAGGGACUUCCAGCACCUGCUGGGGGUGGCCGUCCACCAGGACCCGGCUUUGUCUCAGUUUGUCUGCAAGAACUGCCACGCCCAGUUCUACCAAUGCCACGGCCUCCUCAAGUCCUUCCUGCAGAGAGUCAACGUGUCCCCGAUGGGCCCCCGGAAGCCCUGCACACAGGUGGGUGCACAGCCCCCAACAGAGGCCGAGGAGGGAGCGUGUCUGGUGGACCUGAUCACGUCAAGCCCGGAAGGUCUGCGUGGCCUGGUGGGGUGGGUGCAUGGACACGCGGCCAGCUGUGGGGCCCUGCCCAGCCUCCAGAGGACGCUGUCCUCCGAGUACUGCGGUGUCAUCCAGGCCGUGUGGGGCUGCGACCAAGGCCACGACUACACCAUGGACGCCGACCCCAGCUGCGGGGCUCUCCUGCUGGACAGUGCGUUGGCCGUCAAGUGGACAUGGGACAAGGAGACAGCCCCCCGGCUCGCCCAGCGUCGGAGGUCCAACCCCACUGGGGCUACCCCCCCGCGCUCCCAGGGCGGAGCGACCACAGCUGAGACGGAGACGCUGUCCAACACGGACGUGGUCCAGCCCCCUUCAGAUGGCAGCCCUGUGGGGCCUGGGCCGAGCCCCCUGCCUCAGUCAAGCCUGCCCCCAAGUGGGGCUCCAGGGCAGUUGGGUGAGAAGCAGCUUCCAUCUUCAACCUCGGAUGAUCGGGUAAAAGACGAGUUCAGUGACCUUUCUGAGGGGGACUUCCUGAGUGAAGACGACAAUGACAAGAAGCAGAACACCCAGUCCUCAGAUGAGUCCUUUGAGCCUUACCCAGAAAAGAAAGUCUCUGGUAAAAAGAAUGGGAGCAAAGAGGCCAAGAAACCUGAAGAACCAAAAAUCCGAAAGAAGCCUGGACCGAAGCCGGGCUGGAAGAACAAGCUCCGCUGUGAAAGGGAGGAGCUGCCCACCAUCUACAAGUGCCCAUAUCAAGGCUGCACAGCUGUGUACCGAGGGGCUGAUGGCAUGAAGAAGCACAUAAAGGAGCACCAUGAAGAAGUCCGCGAGAGGCCCUGUCCCCACCCUGGCUGCAACAAGGUGUUCAUGAUUGACCGCUACCUGCAGCGGCAUGUGAAGCUCAUCCACACAGAGGUGCGGAACUACAUCUGUGAUGAGUGUGGACAGACCUUCAAGCAGCGGAAACACCUCCUCGUCCACCAGAUGCGGCACUCGGGAGCCAAGCCUCUGCAGUGUGAAGUCUGUGGGUUCCAGUGCCGGCAGCGGGCAUCCCUCAAGUACCACAUGACCAAACACAAGGCUGAGACGGAGCUGGACUUUGCCUGUGACCAGUGUGGCCGGCGGUUUGAGAAGGCUCACAAUCUUAACGUGCAUAUGUCCAUGGUCCACCCUCUGACGCAGACCCAAGACAAGGCCCUGCCCCUGGAGCCAUCGCCCAGGACCACAGAGGGUCAGGCUGUGAAGCCUGAGCCCACCUGAGGGUGCUCAGCACCUGAACUCAACAGGUGGUAGGUGGGGUGGAAGGACGACUUUCAUAGUUCCUCCCAUGAGACCUGAAGGCACAGCUGGGCUCACUCUGAGACCCCAUGCUGAACCUCACCCCUGUGCUGGAAGGUGGGGGGCUCAGUGCAGGGCCGAGGUAGCCUUUCUGCAUCCAAUCUGGGACCAGCAGUUUAUUUUCCUAUAAACAUGGACUUGGGGCCAGAUACAAAUUUUAAAUAGAGUCCUGUUCCUCACGCAAGCAGUCACGGAGAUUUGUAAUCCACUUUUUCGUGCAACAAGAGCUCCACGUCAUGCUCGUAAUAAAUUAUUUACAAAGGAG